AUGACGUCACCGGCUGAUCCCGUGAUCACACCGGAUGUAUUCAUCGUGAUAAUGGAGGUGUACACCUGCGUUGAUAUGGUGCUGUCUUUGAUCGGAAUCAUCACCAAUGCCAUCAGCACGAUGGCAUUCCUGGCCAUGGGAGCGGACGACGGGAUCACCGUGGCGUUUCUGUUUCUGUCGUCGUCUGAGUUCUUGUGCUGUUUGGCUGCGCUGGGUCAGAGGCUAUCCCUGGCCUUUUGGGUCGCCGAAUUGGCAACGGACUAUACAACCUGGUUCUCUAUUGAUCCGUACGUCUUCAACGUGUACUUCGGAAAUAUCCGGACAGGUUUAUUCACGAUACCGGUCUUGAUAACGAUGUACAUCGCGGUGGCUAAGUGCAUGUGUGUCGUUAAGCCAUUCGUGUUCAAAAACGUGUUCUUCGUCACCAGGACGUGGUGGGCAAUGGUGGGAAUUUGCGCCAUCUCUAUCGUCACGUACCUGCCUGUCAUGGCCACCAUGGGGGUCGUCGACCAGUUCGAUCUCAAAGUCAACGCGACGCGUCAGCUCGUGUGGUUCUCGCGCUAUCGCGACAUAGUCCAGAACGUCGUCCGCAUCGGACGAGACUCCGUCCCCGCGGUCUCGUCCGAGAUCAUCGUCAUUUUUUGCGUCGCGCUGAUGUCCAGGGCGUUGUCCGAGGCCGUCCGUUUCAGGGAGAGUUUCAAGCACGUGAGUCUCCAAAAUACGCAAGAAAGUAUUUUGACGCAGGUCUCGGCCAGAGGGUCGGCCAGGCUCAGCGGGAAAGAGCUGCAGGUCAUCAAGCAGGUCACGCUCAUCUCCGCGGUCUACGUCGUGUCCAACACGCCCAAGAUCGUCCUGUUCCUGGCCAUCGCGUUCGUGCCAGAUCUGACCCAGGGGAGGCUGUACCAGAACUUGUACGAGGUCACGGUUAAGACGAAGGCCCACGCCGAGCUGUACAUGUCGGUCGUGAACAUCUUCAUCUAUUACAAGUACAACUCAAAGUUCAGGCAGAGCUGUAACCUUCUAGCUUCAAAAAUGUUGGACAAAUUUCAGGUUGUGCUGUAA